CUGGCUCUCCCUCAAUGUAUGGUUCUUCUGGAAAACCUUCCUGCUCUAUUACCGUGGGCAGCAAUACUACUAUUUGCAUCAGAUGUUAGGGCUAGGAUUGUGUAUUAGCAGAGCUUCAGCAUCUGUCCUCAAUCUCAAUUGCUGCUUGGCCCUUUUACCAAUGUGCCGUGUUCUCUUGGCCUUCCUCCGAGGAUCACAGAAGGUAAGAACCAGCUUCAGAACAGCAGUUAAGAAGGUUAUUUUAAAAAUAACAUGUGGUGUUACAAUAUGCAUCUUUUCAGUCUUACAUGUUGCUGCUCAUCUGGUGAAUGCUCUUAACUUCUCUGAGAACUACAGUGAAGACUUUCUGGCACUAAAUGUAGCAAACUAUCGUGGUGAGGAUCCAAGGAAGCUUCUUUUUGCUACUGUUCCAGGUCUGACUGGAGUCAUUAUGGUAUUAGUAUUAUUCCUAAUGUGUACCGCUUCUACAUAUGCCAUCAGGUUCUCAAACUAUGACAUCUUCUGGUACACGCACAACCUUUUCUUUGUCUUCUAUAUGCUGCUGCUGAUUCAUGUUUCUGGAGGGGUGCUGAAGUACCAGUCUAAUUUACAGGAACAUCCUCCUGGUUGCUUUAAUCCCAACAAAACACUUUGGGCGAAUAUGACGGUGCCAAAGGCUUUUGCAGAGACAUUUCCUGACUACACUCCUGAGUCUUUCCCAGAGGAUUUAGCAGUACCGCAACCCUUUGUGCAAAAUAAGUUUGUGAGAAUUUGUUCUGAGGAACCCAAGUUCCAGUCGCACUUCCCAGAGACAUGGUUUUGGAUUUCUGGACCUCUGUGCUUGUAUUGUGUAGAAAGGCUGUACCGCUACAUCCGCAGUAAUAAGCCAGUCACCAUAACUUCAGUGAUAAGCCAUCCCUCCAACGUCCUCGAAGUAAGGAUGAUGAAAGUCAACUUCAAAGCAAGGCCUGGGCAGUAUGUUAUUCUACACUGUCCAAGAGUGUCAGCUCUAGAAAGCCACCCAUUCACCCUUACCACG